AUGGCGCAGAAGCUCGAAACCAGACCGUCUGUUUCUGAUCUGCAGGGGGACGACCGUUGGGUAGUCCUCGCGCAGAAGCAUUGGUUGAAGCAGAGCAAAAUUCGCAAGGCCAAACAAGAUGUCCUCAAAAACGAGAUCUGGGAUCCGUUGGAAGCUGAAGGAUUCUCUGCCCGCUCGCUACUGACGCUGGAAAAUCUGAAUAUCUUGGAAAAGUAUCUCUGGCCCGCUUACACAGACGACGCAUCGAACCAUCACGUACUCUUGAUUGCCGUCGUUGUGGGAGUCAAAAAGGGCGAGCAUCUGCCGAUAUGGGAUGCAAAUUUCUUAGAGCAUUUUGCCGAUCGUCCUGAUAGCUUCGCGGAUCUCUUCCAUCGCAUUCUUUCCUUGAGUCUCGACUCAUCCCUGUCGACGUUCUCAAGGCUUUCAGUUUUGUCGUUCAUAAUCAGUGGCUUCCAGUCUCUUGAGAAUAACCUGAUUAGGAAAGAAUGCGCGCCAUUGGUCUCAAUUUCUAUCUGGCACAACCUAUAUAACGAGACAACAAGGAAUCAAAUUCUGGACAAAGCACCCAUUUUGAAAAAGGCAUGGCGCGCAGCAGCCAAACGAUAUGAAGCAGCUGAUGAACCGAUGAAGGCAAAGAUUCGAUUCGAGAGAUCAUGGCUUUACACAUUGAUUCUGGACUUCCUCCAGAAACUCAGUACUCCAGAACAAACCCAAGCCGACAAUAUACGAUACUGUGAAAGAUUCCUUGAGUUGCUCGUGGACCUGAACAGUCAGCUUCCAACAAGAAGAUAUGUUAAUACCCUCUUGCAAGACUUGAAUAUUCUUGCAAUUAUUCGACUUUCAAAGCUGUACAACUCUCCGGAUAAUUCCUUAAUACGUGACUUUUCUGCAUUGUUACAACACUUCAUGAAUUUUGCAAUCGAUGACUACACUGGCGAACCUUUGUCCAUGCAAACAAUAUACGACAUCCAUUGUCAACGGCUGGCACGGCUCCAAAGGACUGCUAUCAGACAUUUCAAGGACAAACUCACCAUUCUUGCUUUAUCCAAUUAUGGAUCUAUUGAGCGGCGCUCAGAACUUGAGGGGAGUCUGUCCGCGUUGAAUGAUACGGAGCUUCAGGAUCUCUGUGAACGUCUUGGGUUUAGGACUGGCUAUCCAACGCAAUGUCAAGUGACUACCCAUCGCCAAUUGUAUCUCGAGAUUCUGGUGUCUUAUUUCGAAAAGAAACCUUCGUUUCAAGAAUCAGCCGCCGAUUUAAGUAUAUUGCCCACUGAAGAGAGUUUGUAUGAGCCUGCCCUGCUGCGAAACGAAAUUUACGAUGGAUCACGGCCUCUUGCUCUUCCCAAGCUUAAUCUUCAAUACCUAAGUUUGGGGGAUUUUCUGUGGCGGUCCUUUAUGCUAUAUCGAUCAGAAGCCUUCUUCGCUAUUCGAAAGGAUCUAGAGGCUGUUGUGAAACGAUUGCAGCCCCGAGUAAACAGAUCAACUCGCGAAGUUGCAUUUGACGGAUUCUCUAGGAUGGCAAUUCCCAUCUCCAAGCCAGCAAUCAUUGAAGUUGCUCCACCUAAGGUCGGGUCUUCAAAGCCAGCUUUUGUUCGUGCUGAAAUCACCUUAGAAGUGGGCCGACUCGCGGACAACAUACGGAAGGAAUGGGAAUCUCUCCGGCCAGACGAUACUGUUUUCUUGCUUGCAAUAUCUUCUCCGGCGACUUCAACGACUCUGAACUUGACGGAUCGCCCUAGUCUUACGCACAUUCGUACAGCAGAUGUCGUACAAGUUUUGGACGAAAAUGGCCGUGCACUACGUGAACCUCAACAAAAUUCUGAAAAUGGCUUCACUCGUCGGCCACGAAUUAGGAGAUUGCUGUUGAAUCUUGAUGCAGCCACAUUUCAAGCUGAUAGCGAUAAAUUAUCUAAAGGCAAGCGAGAUGUUUACCCAUUGAUCAAUGUUGUUGUAAGAAGAAAAGGGAGGGAAAAUAAUUUCAAACCUAUGCUUCAAACAAUGCAACAACUUAUCACUUCGGAUAUUGCACUUCCAUCUUGGCUUCAAGAGAUCUUUCUUGGUUAUGGUGAUCCAGCCAGCGCCUGCUAUACUGAGCUUGCGAAUCGUGUUAACUCUGUCGACUUCAGAGACACAUUCUUGGAUUGGCAGCAUCUAGUGGAGAGUUUUCCUGGGAAGACAAUUGAACCUUCAGGCAAGGAAUCUUCAAGCUUCGGUCCCCCGUAUGUUCUUCAGAUUGCAGAUGAACCUCAUGAUUCCAGCACUAGCAAUACCUCGAAGAAACGCCGACGCGGUCAAGUAGAAACUCAGACCGAGUCUGGCUCUAUCAAUGUGUCGACGUACAAGCCUCCAAAUCCUGGACCAUAUCCCAUUGAUGCCCCGAAGCUAAAUUCCAUCCGCUUUACCCCAGCACAAGUGGAAGCAAUCACAUCAGGAACCCAACCCGGGUUGACAGUUAUUGUCGGUCCUCCUGGCACAGGAAAGACGGACGUGGCAACACAGAUCAUAAACAACAUCUAUCACAAUUUUCCUUCCGAACGCACCCUUUUAAUUGCGCACAGCAAUCAGGCUCUGAACCAACUUUUCCAAAAAAUCGUCUCUCUUGAUAUUGACCAGCGCCACCUUCUCCGACUGGGUCAUGGCGAAGAAGAGCUAGAGGCAGAGACCAGCUAUAGCAAAUAUGGACGAGUGGAAUCUUUUCUUGAAAACCGCACACAUCUACUAUCAGAGGUUGAUCGAUUAGCAACUUCAAUUGGAGCUCUAGGCGCGCAUGGCAAUUCUUGUGAGACAGCUGAUUACUUCAACACAGUCUAUAUUCGGCCAGCAUGGACAAAGUUCUGGGAUAAAGCACGCACAGAGCAGGCUUCUGUGGAGGAUAUUGUAGUCUCUUUCCCUUUCCAUUCAUACUUUUCAAAUGCGCCAAAUACUCUCUUCACUCCAGGGAGCUCCAAGGAUGAUGUCCUGGAUGCCGCAUCGGGCGCACAGCGCCACAUUAACAAGAUAUUCUCCGAACUAGAAGAUAUCCGGCCUUUUGAGAUUCUAAGGCAACCUCGAGAUCGUGCCAAUUAUCUGCUCAUUAAGGAAGCCAGGAUUAUUGCGAUGACAUCGACCCAUGCAGCAAUGCGCCGACAGGAAAUUGCUGAGUUAGGGUUCCAUUAUGAUAAUGUAAUAAUGGAAGAGGCAGCACAAAUUACCGAAAUUGAGACAUUCAUUCCUUUUGCUUUGCAAAAUAUGGAAAAAGAGCAACUGCCUUUGAAACGGGUAGUCCUGUGCGGUGAUCAUUACCAGAACUCGCCCAUCGUGCAGAAUCUUGCAUCUAGACAGUAUGCCAACUUUGAACAGAGCCUUUUCCUCAGGCUAGUCCGAUUGGGUGUGCCGACUAUUACGCUCGACCAGCAAGGCCGAGCGCGGCCUAGCAUUGCGGAUCUUUUCAAGUGGCGAUAUCAAACUCUCGGCCACCUGCCUAUACUUGAGGAAGCGGAGGAAUAUAAGAGAGCAAAUGCAGGCUUUGCUUUCGACUACCAAUUCAUCAAUGUGCCAGAUUACCAAGGUGUCGGCGAAAGGGAGCCAGUCCCACACUUCAUACAGAACCUUGGAGAAGCCGAGUAUGCUGUUGCCAUAUUUCAGUACAUGCGACUUCUAGGAUAUCCUGCUUCCAAGAUUUCUAUUCUUACAACUUAUGCGGGACAGAGAGCACUUAUAAGGGACGUGCUCAAUCACCGAUGCACAAAGAAUCCCUUGUUCGGUUUGCCUAAAAUAGUUACGACAGUUGAUAAAUAUCAAGGCGAGCAGAAUGAUUAUGUUAUUCUUUCUUUAGUUCGUACGCGAACAGUGGGUUACCUACGUGAUGUCCGCCGCCUAACUGUUGCAUUGUCACGAGCCAGGCUGGGAUUGUACGUCCUUGGGCGACUGGAUGUUUUUGCGUCAUGUUAUGAGCUAAAGCCAGCAUUUGACAUUUUCACUAAACGGGCUGAUAAGUUGAUGCUCGCCCCUGGAGAGAUGUAUCCCACCACACGUCUCCAGAAGGAUGGUGUUGAGGGUACGGCGAUGGAAGGUUUGGAGCAUUUAGGGCAAUAUGUCUUUGAAAUGACCCAGGCAAAAAUGAAAGCAUUGGGUGUGGAGACUCUGGCCAGUACUGCCGAUAUUCCAGACAAAUACGAUGAAGAGGCCGACGAGGACGAAAUUAUGGCAGGCGCAGACGACAACAAAGACCUCACUAUCCAACAACAUGUGUAA